ACAAAAACAAAAAACAAACUCUAAUUGCAAUCGCUUUGAUAAAGGCGGUCGUUUGGGGGUCUAACAACGCGUUGGCGUAUAGAUUUUUAGCAACAUUAAACAACAAGGCAAUAUCUAACUGUAAACUAUGGCCACAGCACAUUUGCUACGAAAUGCCAACACGCUUUGGUUGCUAAAGAACUGUCGCCAACUGCCAGCAAGCAGUCUUACGCGUUGUUUGCACUGGACACCCACACUGGAGAAGAAGGUUAACUUUAAUCUGAGCGACAUUGGUGAGGGCAUUCGUGAAGUAACUGUCAAGGAAUGGUUUGUCAAAGUGGGCGACAAAGUGGAACAGUUUGACAAUCUCUGCGAGGUGCAAUCGGACAAGGCUUCGGUGACCAUCACCAGUCGCUAUGAUGGCAAAAUAACCAAAAUCUUUCACACCAUUGAUGAGCUAGCGCUGGUGGGCAAACCUUUGCUGGAAUUUGAAGUUGAAGAUGAGGAGGGCGAUGAAGAUAGCAGCAGCAGCAGUGAUAGUUCAGAUGAUGAAAAGUCGCCAGCGAGCAGCCAGGCGGCAGCAGCACCUACAAAUGGACGUCUUAUAACGCCAGCAACGCCUGCAGUUAGGCGCCUAGCGAAGGAGCAUAAUCUGGACCUGACGCAGGUGCCUUCCACGGGCAGAAAUGGACGCGUAUUGAAAGGUGACAUCUUGGAGUACUUGGGCCAAGUACCAGCUGGCACCAAUGUGCCGCAUCCCAGCAAUGUGGUCAAGCAGCCAACAACUGCAGCAGCGCCUGCUGCUCCCACUGCCGCUGAUCGUGUAGAGGUGCUCAAGGGUGUGCGCAAGUCCAUGCUCAAGGCUAUGACAGAGUCUUUGAAAAUUCCGCACUUUGCCUACAGCGAUGAGAUAGACAUGUCCGAGCUAAUGAAGUUCCGCACUAAACUGCAAGCAGCUGCCCAAGAGCAAGGCGUACCCAAGCUUACAUUUAUGCCAUUCUGCAUUAAGGCCGCCAGCAUUGCCCUGAGCAAAUUUCCCAUAGUCAACAGCACUUUGGACUUGGCGAGCGAAUCUUUGAUCUAUAAGGGUGCACACAAUAUUAGCGUGGCCAUAGACACACCUCAGGGACUGGUGGUGCCAAAUGUGAAGAAUUGUCAGUCGAAGAAUAUCAUACAAAUUGCCAAGGAUCUGCAGGCGCUGGUGGAGCGUGGACGCAAAGGCACCUUGACGCCCGCAGACUUUGCGGACGGCACCUUCUCCCUUUCCAAUAUAGGCAUAGUGGGUGGCACUUAUACGCAUCCUUGCAUUAUGGCGCCGCAGGUGGCUAUUGGUGCCAUGGGACGCACCAAGCCUGUGCCACGCUUCAAUGACAAGGAUGAGCUGAUCAAGGCGCAUAUUAUGAGUGUGAGCUGGUCUGCUGAUCAUCGUGUCAUCGAUGGCGUUACCAUGGCCAGUUUCUCCAACGUCUGGAAACAGCAUCUGGAGCAGCCAGCGCUCUUCCUGCUGCACUAAGCAGCCGAGCAGCUAACAUAACGAGGCUUUACUGUUGCAUUUAUUUACAAAAAAACAAAAACUAAAAAAAUUUAUUGCUUGGUCAGCCCAGACGCCGCCGUUUCCCCUCAACCAGAAUUGUGCAUUUAUAGAUUGACGACAGACUCAAGGAUUUAUGCUGUCGUCACAUUUAGCUUUAAGCUCUGGUGUACUUGGCUGGCCAAACAGAUCCCCUACCCUCAAGCUUCCUUUUAUUGUUUGCACUUUGUUGAUUGCAUUUAUAAACAAAUUAUGAUUAUACAUGUGGUAUAUAUUUUAUAAUGCUGUUUACA